GGGGCGGAGUUCGCCCAGUGGCUGCUCGCUGGAGGGUGAGGGACCAGCUUUCUCUGCUAGUUCGCACCCUAGGACUUCUUAGCCCCUGGAAUGCGAGAGAGGCUCAGGGAGUUCCCGGAGUGGGGCGUAGAGGGAACCGCUGGUGGGGACCUUCCUAGGGGCCUGCCCCUCGUGGGGUGCUAUGGAGUUUCCAGAACACAGCCAGCAGCUGCUGCAGAGCCUCCGAGAGCAGCGGUCCCAGGGUUUCCUUUGCGACUGCACCGUGAUGGUGGGUAGCACCCAGUUCCUGGCCCACAGGGCUGUGCUCGCCUCCUGCAGCCCGUUCUUCCAGCUUUUCUACAAAGAGCGGGAACUGGACAAGAGGGACCUGGUGUGUAUCCACAACGAGAUUGUCACGGCCCCAGCGUUUGGGCUGCUUCUGGACUUCAUGUAUGCUGGCCAGCUGGUGCUGAGGGGGGACACCCCUGUGGAAGACGUGCUGGCAGCUGCCAGUUACUUGCACAUGAAUGACAUCGUCAAGGUGUGUAAGCGGCGUCUGCAAGCCCGGGCCCUGGCAGAGGCAGACAGUACCAAGAAGGAGGAGGAAACCAGCUCACAGUCCCUGAGCUUGGAAUUUCUGUCCCACACUUCCCGUGGCCCUCAGCCCUCCUUGGCAUCUGCGGAGAUAUCGGGCCAUUGGGGCAAAGGGGAGUGGAAAGGCCCUGCUGCUCCCUCACCUACUGUCUGUCCUCCAGACGAGCCGCCCAUGCCCAGCGGCGCUGACACGACACAGCCUGGCGUGGAGGUUGACUCGCUGCAUCUACGGGCUCCUCCUCCUCCUCCGGUGGCGGAUGUCUCCCUUGCCAGCCCCAGUAGCUCCACAGAGCCCAUUCCUGCGAACUACUACUCUUCUGGCCUUCCCACAGUUUCAGUGGAGCCACUGGCUCCCCUCGACAUGGGUUCAGAGAGUCUGAGGGUGGUGGAACCAAGGGGAACUGGAGGACCAUUGCAGGGCUUCUACAGCCCCUCUUCGGCUGCAGCCCCAGUCCCAGCCCCAGUUCCGUCCCAGGCCCCAACCCCAGCAGAAGCUGAGCUGGUCCAGGUGAAAGUAGAAGCGAUUGUGAUUUCUGAUGAGGAGCCCGAUGUCUCAGAGGCUCAGCCUCAGGGGCCUGAGGGAUUGUUCCCACCCGGGGAGGCCAUGUAUGGUGCUCAGCCUCCCCAGCCAGAGGCUUUUGAGGAGCCAAGGGCAGCAGGACUGGAGGAGGUGGGGCCAAGUGACCAGUUUCUGCCCUCCGAUCCUCACCUACCCUACCAUCUGCUGCCAGGUCCAGGGCAGUAUCACCGCGGACUGGUGACCUCACCCCUGCCCGCACCCCCCGCCCUGCAUGAGCCACUUUACCUGCCUUCUGAGUACGAAGCAGCCCCAGGAAGCUUUGGCGUUUUUACUGAGGAUGUUCCCACUUGCAAGACAUGUGGGAAGACCUUCUCGUGCUCUUACACGCUACGGCGCCACGCCACGGUGCACACACGGGAGCGGCCCUACGAGUGCCGCUACUGCCUGCGCAGCUACACGCAGUCAGGGGACCUGUACCGCCACAUCCGCAAGGCUCACAAUGAGGACCUGGCCAAACGCAGCAAACCCGAUCCAGAGGCGAGCCCCCUCCUCGGCGUGCACCCCCUCCCUGGCUCCCCCACAGCAGACAGACAGAACUCUGGUGGAGGGCCACCCAAAGAUUUUGUACUUGGCCCCAAAAACUAACAUCUGGGGGAGCACGAGCUGAUGCCAGGCCUGCUCUUGCGACACAGAAGGUUGGAAGCAUCUCAUUUCCCCUGCUGGGUGACGGGAUGGGUGCUGCCCGGGCUGACGGUCCCUCCCACCCUUUUCUUUACCCGGGCAGUUCCUCUCCAAGGGCGCUGGGAAUUUUCCUGGGUGUAAUCACUUCUCACUCUGCAUUCCGGACCAUAAAGCUAGCAGUGAAAGUAUCUUA